GAGUUACCCUCCCUUUGCAAAAUAGAAGAGAAUACACCUGUUUUUCCAAGUUAUCAAAGUCAGUUGGGUUUAAUAGUCCUUUUGAUUCAGCUAAAAAAUGUUCGGACCAGGAGUUAAGGCCUCACCAGGUGGAAGUAGUUGAAAUGGUGGUUUAA